AUGUCGGCUACAGAAAUAUUUUGUGAGAUUGAUCUAGAUGAUCUAUUAUUCUAUGAAAGAUGCGGGGGCGGUACCUUUGGAAGUGUUUACCGUGCAUUAUGGAAAUCAAAGAAUAUGAUUGUAGCAAUCAAACGUCUUCUAGUCUUAGAAAAAGAGGCUCAGGUUUUAAGUGUUCUUAGUCAUCGAAAUAUUAUUCAGUUUUAUGGUGCUGUUACAGAAGAUCCUAAUUUUUGUUUGGUCACAGAGUAUGCUAGCCAUGAUUCCUUAUAUGCCUACCUCAAAAAUCCUGAAAAUGAACUGGAUUUUAAUCAGAUAUUAAAGUGGGCCAGAGAAAUAGCCACAGGAAUGAACUACCUCCAUUGUGAAGCUCCAAUUAAAGUCAUACAUAGAGAUCUCAAAUCAAAAAAUGUUGUCAUAUCUGAAGAUUGGUCAUGUAAGUUAUGUGAUUUUGGAGCCUCAAGGUUUGUUGGUAGUACCACUAAGAUGUCAUUAGCUGGAACAUUUCCUUGGAUGGCGCCAGAGGUUAUACAGAGUUUUCCUGUAUCUGAAACUUGUGAUACUUGGUCUUAUGGUGUGGUUCUUUGGGAGCUGUUAACACAUCAAGUUCCUUUUAAUGGUAUAGAUGGUUUUCAAGUGGCCUGGUUAAUAGUUGAAAAAGGGGAGAGAUUAACUAUACCUAGUACCUGUCCACCAUGUUUUGGUAAAUUAAUGAGACAUUGUUGGGAAAAUGACCCGAAAAAACGACCCCAAUUUAAACAGAUAUUAUUAGAAUUAGAUAAACUACUUCAUGAUGAUUUGUUGGCUGAUGUUACAAACUCCUUUUUGGAACAUAAAGAAAUUUGGAAGUAA